CAUCUGAUUCUGCAUCGCUGUGAUUUUGUCCGUUCAUUAUACUUGCAUCUAUUUCUGCGUCCGUAUAUCGAUAUAAUAUACUUCUACGACAGUACAUUACAUCUGGAUCUAAUUCUGCGUCCGUAUAUUAUCUACGUUGUUCCAUGCUCGUUCAUAAAUAUGUCAUCCGAUUCUGCAUCCCCAUGAUUUUGCUCAUUCUCCUAACCUUACUUUUACCGGAAUUGGCGCGCGAUCAGAACAUAUUUUAUUCAUCCUUAAAAAUGAAUAGAUCAAAGUUAAUGCUUCAAAUGUGUAUUGAACCAGUGAUGUUACCGAAAUGGGAAUCCACAAAAGGUUUAACAAAAGAAGAAAUGUUGCUCGCUAUCGCAGGAUAUUAUUCAGUCACAAAUGGUCCUCAAAAUGAGACAGCAUCGAUUUGUGGGUCACCAAAAAUCUGCAGUGAAAGACAUUUGGAGAGUCCAUCCAGUGAGGAAGCCUUAUUUUCUUCAGAUACUGAUGAAGAUCCGACUUAUAUACCAGAUACGGAUUCAAGUGGCGAUGAAGGAUCUUUACCAAAGGUAGAGGUGCCAAGUAACCGCAAAAUAGUCAUAGUUUCAGACAUAGUAAUCAAACCCGGACAGAAGAGUGAAGAGAAGAAGAAGAAAAAGUACAUACGCCAACCAGAUUACUGCUUUUUUUGUGAUGAAGAUGUGCUAAACUUUGCACGACAUAUAAAGCGCAACCAUAUAGGGGAAAGUGAAGUCCAAAAAAUUCUAUCACUACUAGUUAACUCGAUUGAUAGGAAACGUUGCAUAAGUAACUUGAGAAAGAAGGGCAAUUUUAUUAAAAAUUCAAGUACUUUUUCCAAGCCAGUACAUAAAAGUGCUGUGAAUGAUAGCGAAGAAAAUUAUAUGCCUUGCCCUUUCUGCCUAGGUUUUUACACACGUAAGCUACUAUGGAAACAUAAAAGAAUUUGUCCACUAAAUAAAGAUCCUUCAAAAACCGUUCCUUUAAGUGAAGGUCAAGACCUUAUGCUACCUAAGAAUAUAGCAAAUUCUGCAUUAAAGACUAUGGUCUUCCCACGGAUGUUGGCCGAUAAAAUUUCACUGACAGCAAAAAAAGAUGCUCUUAUAUGUGCCUUUGGAUCUAGGUACAUCAACACACACAGAGAGCAACAUCACGUUAACGUUUGCUCAAGAAAAAUGAGAGAACUUGCCAAGGUUUUGAUGGAAUGUCAAAAACUAGAUCCUGCAAUCAAAAACUUAUUUGACGUGCUUCAGCCACAGCACUUUGACAGUGUAGUACAAAGUGUCAAAGUUAUUGCCAGAUAUAACACGCAAACAGAUGUUUUCGAAUCUCCGACAUUUGCGAUGAACAUAAGCAGAUCUCUAAAAGACUGUUAUGAUAUGGCAGUUUUACAUAUUGUCAAAAAAAAAUGUAAUUAUUUGACAAUUUCUGCCUCACAAGCAGAAGCAAAUAUCGGGGUGUUCCGACAAUUAUUGGAGAAUAUGUGGAAGCAUGAAAUUUCAAGUCAUGCUGGAAGGGACUUGAACAUGAAGACAUGGAACAAAGUGACACUGGUCCCACUAGCUGCAGACUUGAAGUUGUUCAGAAACUAUCUAAUAGAGAAGGGAAAUACAGCUGCUCGAUGAUUGCAACAAACUAAAAAUAAUUUUGAGGCAUUCAUCUUAUUAAUGGAGACAGCAUUUUGUAGAACAUUACUUUUAAACCGUAAAAGAGUGGGUGAACUACAAAGAAUAGAAGUAACAACUUACAUGGCAGCUGGGAAAACAAGUGCCACACAUUAUGAAGAAUUUUCUGAAGCAAUUACAUCUGCAGAGCAGGUACUUGUAAAAAAUUUUAAGAGAGUCGUAACUCGAGGAAAAAGGGGCAGAGGAGUACCAGUUUUGUUUAGUAGAGAUGUACAAGACCACAUCAAGGUUUUGUUGGACGCACGAGCUACAUUUAUAAAAGAAAAAAAUGUUUUUCUUUUCGCAAAUCCGAA